UUCGGAUUCUGCCGUCAACAUGAAGCCCACCAGUGUGAAGAUGAUUCACUCCCUUUGUAAGGAUGGAGGUGAAGGGAGCCCUUCUAAUCCAGUGAAAUUCAAAGGCCAAGACUUUGAGCAUCUCAGGGCAUCUCUGCUGAAAGAGAAGAAAAUAUUUGUGGAUGAAACUUUCCCACCAAACCUGGAUUCUCUGGGGGAACAGGAAAAUAUCUCAGCAAAGAAGCUCAAAAUUGUGGAGUGGCUCCGCCCACUUGUAAGUUAACUGACUCUUUGUCUAAAACUAUUGAAAGAUGGUGUUUUACAUGUUUGUGACCUUUUAUAGGACCUUAACCCAGAUGCAGAGUUUAUUGUGGAUGGAACUUCAAGGUUUGACUUCAGCCAGGGGGACGUAGGUAUGAACUUUGAAGAAGUAGGAGUGCUUUUGUCAUGUAGGUUGACUGUUUGUUGCAGAAUGAGUCUUGAAAGCAGAGGUGAUUUGAUUUAAUGUUCUCUCUGUGGUUUUCUUCAGGUAACUGCUGGUUUUUGGCAUCUAUUGGCGCUCUGACUCUGCAUAAGCCAUUGCUGGCACAAGUUGUACCUUUUGAUCAAAACUUUGGAAACAACUAA